AUGGCGCACAAUGGAGGGAAGGGGAGGCCACGCCCAUCCCCCUUCCUCCCUGCCUACUCGCGGCUUCCCGCGGCCGCCUCUGUGUGUACAAACACAAAAGACACGCCGCGCGCGCCACAGAGGCAGAGAGUGAGUGGGAUUCCCCUUUGCCCUCGUUUUUCCUUCUCCGGCUUUCUCCCCUCGUGCCGUGAGGAUCAGCCUAGUGGCCGCGGGUGGGGUGGGGAGCAGCUCGAGGUCCGCUUCAACGACCAACGGUCCGGCGGGAGCAGCCCCAACUGUCAAGAACCGGCGCGAGGUAAACAACCCAGAUGUAACUUUUUCCUCACAAGGAAGUUACUUCAGCCUCUCACUCUUUUAGGGCACAGUCUGAAUGUGCAUGACCUGCAGACUCCUCCCAUCCUGAAGCAGCACUUUGGAUGCAGUGAGCAUCUGCAUACUGGAUCAACAUUUUCACUGAGCUGUCCUCCACAACCCUUGGAACUCCUUCUUGAUCAGUCACCACUAGCUCGGAUUCCAUCAGUUAAUAUGUGGUGUAUGAAAUUGAGAGUCUCCCCACAUACAAGAUGUGCCCCAAAAGUCAUGAGAAUGAAGUUCCUAUGCUCGAGAAGGGCUCUGUGAAGGGAGAAGCUGGCCAAGGUCACUUGGGGUGGGAUACCAGAUAUACGUUAGAACACUGAUCAGUUGCAUUCCAGCCUUGUCGGAGUUGAGACAUUCUUUUUUUGUGACACACUGUUCAAGUGCCUCGUAAUGAGUGAGUUUGGAGCAAUGGUACGUGAUAAAAUUUUGUGUGAAAUUGGGGAAAAGUACAUCAGAAACUUUGGAAAUGAUGAGGAAACCUUAUGGAGAGUCUGUGCUAUCAUCUGCACAAGUGUACUGAUGGCACAAAGCCUUCAAGGAAGGACGAGAAGGUGUUGAAGACAAACAAUGAUCAGGACAUCCCUCUUCGUCAAAAAAGGAACAGAAUGUGGAUGCAGUGAGGUCUGUUUUCAACCAUGAGCAAUGGCUCACUAUCAGAAUGAUUGCAGAAGAAAUGAGAAUUAGCAAGUCAAUUGUUCAUGAAAUCGUGACUCAGGAUUUGAAUAUGAGAAAAGUGUGUGCAACACUUGUUUCAAAGAACUUGUCACCUAAUCACCUCUCCCCUGAUGAGAACACCGUCAACUCAUUUGCCAAGACCUGUUGGCCCAUUUGGAAAGAGAGCCUGAUUUUUUGAGUCGAGUAAUCACAAGAGAUGAAUCCUGGGUGUUUGAGUACAAUCCCAAGAUGAAGAAACAAAGUUCAGAAUGGCAUACGUCCUCGUCACCUCACCCCAAGAAAGCUUGAACAAGCAAAUCAAAAGUCAAAUCAAUGAUUUUUUUUUAGGAUCCAUAAGCAAUUUGUACCUACUGGUCAGUGAUUUUACCUGGAAGUUCUUGGUUGCUUGAGACAAAGAACUUUUUGUGUGCAUCCUGAGAUUGGUUCAACUUGAAUCCUUCAUCACAACAACACACUGAGUCACAGUUCUUUGGCUGUCAGAGAAUUUUUGGCUGGAAAACACAUCAUAGUGCUUCGCCAUCCACCCUACAGCCCUGACUUGGCUUCUU